ACAAGGGGCUGUGAGGAACAAGCCAUGAAGGGGGUGCCUCAGAAGACUAUGGGAACGGCAGGCCAUGUUGGGAAGAGGAUGAAAGGGGGGGGAGUGAGGAAGGGGGUCCAAGUUAAGCAGAUUCUGGGCUAAAAAGGGAGCAACAGGGCAGAAGUGCAAGUGGAGCUGAUUUAGCUGCUGCUGUUUGUUUUUAUCAACCAGGUUGGGGUGGCAGUGUUGGUACUGGAAGGUGGUAAUGUCAGCGGAGGCCACAGCAGACGUGGUCCCACCCCCUGAGACCUGCGCUCCACUUGUCCCGACCCACCAGCGAGGGGCUGGUGGGGGAGGGGUGGCCGGUGUGACCUUUGAUCUCAAAUCUCUGAAUCUUAGCAGCAAGUAUGUGAAGCUGAAUGUGGGAGGGUCCCUGCAUUACACCACGGUGCAGACCCUCACCAAGCAGGAUACCAUGCUUAAGGCAAUGUUCAGUGGCAGGAUGGAAGUGCUGACAGAUAGUGAAGGCUGGAUCUUGAUUGAUCGAAGUGGGCGUCAUUUUGGAACCAUCCUCAACUACUUGCGAGAUGGUUCAGUUUCCCUCCCUGAGUCACAACGAGAAUUGGAAGAGGUGUUGUCUGAGGCCCGGUACUACCUGAUACAAGGCUUAGUGGAAGACUGCCAGCUUGCGCUCCAGCAUAAGAGUGAAGCCUUUGACCCCCUCUGCCACAUCCCCAUGGUGACCUCUCCAAAGGAGGAGCAGCAGAUCAUUUCAAGCUGUUCCAAGCCUGUGGUGAAAUUGCUGCACAACAGAAGCAAUAACAAGUAUUCAUAUACGAGUAACUCUGAUGACAACUUACUGAAGAAUAUCGAACUCUUUGACAAACUGGCUUUGCGGUUCAAUGGGCGGGUGCUCUUCAUCAAAGAUGUCUUGGGCGACGAGAUCUGCUGUUGGUCAUUCUACGGGCAGGGCCGCAAGAUUGCAGAAGUCUGUUGCACCUCUAUUGUGUAUGCCACUGAGAAGAAACAGACUAAGGUGGAGUUCCCAGAGGCACGGAUCUUUGAGGAAACACUGAACAUCCUGAUUUAUGAGACACCAAGGGUGCCGGAUAAGGCUCUGCUGGAAGCGACAGGUGGUGUGGCAGGUGGUGGUGGAGGCCCUCUCCGCGCAGGUGAUGACGAAGAUGGGCGGGAGCACCGUGUCCGGCGCAUUCAUGUCCGCAGGCAUAUUAUGCAUGAUGAACGUCCUCACGGUCACCAAGCCGUUUUUAAGGACUGAUCCUGCCUCAAUCCCAGUGUUGUCACUCCGCCCAUUUUGUGCCAAAGGAGGCCGUUUCCUCCUUUCGACCUUCGGCCCCAAGGUCUUCUCAAGGGUGUUUGCAUCCUUUCUAACCCAUUCCUUUCUCCUCCUCAGCCUUUGCCUUUCUCCUACCCGAAUCCCUUAUCUACCUUAUUGUGACAACUGAUACAUUAGUCCACCUUGCACUUGACUCGCAUGCUCUUUCCAAUAGUUGAUUUUCCCCCUCCUUUAAUAUCUAAGUCUUAAUCUUAAACAUCUUUUUUUCUCUUGCUCUUUACUCCACCUAUAUGCUCCAAUCCUCUUUUUGCCUCAUAAUCCUUGAAAACCUCUCAAGUCUGGAUAGUGUCCCAUUUGUUAUUCAUAACCUCUUUGACCUAGAAUUUUUUCCUAUCGGACUGGAUCCACAGAAAUAGCAUUAAUACAAGAACAGGUGUCUGUGGGUGUGGGUGUGUUCAGUGUACACAAACCAGAGGGAUCUUCCUCCCAUAUUCCACUUUGGAACACUGACCUCUUCUUCAGUGACUUGAGGGUCAUGGGUAAGGAGCUGGCUGGUCAGGGGCAUCCUAAAUCUUUUUUGAUACUUAUGCUCUAACCUUCUUAUGCUCUUUGACCUCUGAACAUCUCAUAAUAGAUUUGAUUUUUACAUUCUGCCCCCCCCCCAAGGAUGGACACACACACACACACAGACAUUCUCUCUCUCUGCUUUUUUGUUCACCUGUUUUUAAAUUAUUGGUAUUUCCCAUGUGGAAGAAAUCUGAAUUUAAGAUAAAAGACCAUAAUUGUUCUAGGGAAAGUUGUGACUACACUUUUUAUUUAUUUGAGUCGGUCAGCCAAGGAGGCUAAAUCCUCUUUGAAAUCAUCCAGAAAGAAUCCUCAUGUUGGCAAAACCCUGACACAUUCAGUUUUCAGACUAGAGCCGGUCUGACCAGAAAGUUCUUGUCUUGCUGGGUAACUGGUCUGAGUCAAAUAUGUGUUGUUCUCCUUCAGUGGAUGUUGUGUGAGCUGGACCCUACUUCCUUCUGCUCGUGCAGCUGCCACCCGCUUCUACUACAAGGCAUGACCGUGCUUCAAAAGAGAGAGGAUGCUUUGAACCCAAAGUUUAGUAGGCAUCUUUGAAUCAUUCCCAAACAGUGCAACAUGGUUGAACAGUUUCUUCUCAAAAUGCACUGCAAGACUGGGCCAUAGAGUCAUUCUGACACCCCCCCCCUUGCACUUUCUAAUGUUCUAGAAUGCGUACAGGGAAUAAUUACCCUCCUGCAACCCACCCCAGGAAUUCUUUCCCUCCUCUCUGUUUUCCCUAGGGAAUGGGAUGUUCCUUUACAAACAUACUUUGGAACGUUCUGGCUGGCCUUUUAGCCAUUUGUUUUGUUUGAUGGGAGGAGUUUGUUCCAGCUGCUGAGGGUUGGAAGGUGUAAUGAACCAUUGCAUUUCAUGAAACUCAAGGCUGUCAAGGUACUUUUCGAGGGAGGAUGGUACUGUUCUUUCUCCUUCCCCUCUUCUUUCCUUCCGUACAUCCUCUCCUCCCUGGAGGAGGUAAUCUUGCAUUAAUUAUUGUACAUUUUUUGUAUUUGUAUAAUUUAUUUAAAAAAAACAACUUUGUUUUUUCUAUUAAAUUAUUAUAAUAAAGGCUUCUGCUUU